GGUAAGCGAAAAUUUGAGUAACACAUCGGCGCCACUGUCGACGGACGCUAUAAAACCGUUUCCCUGCGCUUCAAACAUUCAGUCGCAAUCAAGCUUAUUAGCUGUGUUUUCUGUCUAGUGAGCAGUGAUAAACAACAAAAGACAACAUGAAUGACGACGAUGUUGCGGCUCUUGUCGUUGACAAUGGAUCCGGUAUGUGCAAAGCUGGUUUUGCCGGAGAUGACGCUCCACGUGCCGUCUUCCCGUCAAUCGUCGGUCGCCCAAGACAUCAGGGAGUCAUGGUUGGUAUGGGACAAAAGGACUCAUACGUAGGAGAUGAAGCUCAAAGCAAAAGAGGUAUCCUUACUUUGAAAUAUCCAAUUGAACACGGUAUAAUCACCAACUGGGAUGAUAUGGAAAAGAUUUGGCAUCACACUUUCUACAAUGAACUCCGUGUUGCCCCAGAAGAACACCCAGUUCUUCUUACUGAAGCUCCACUCAACCCAAAAGCCAACAGAGAAAAGAUGACACAAAUUAUGUUUGAAACCUUCAACACCCCAGCUAUGUAUGUAGCCAUCCAAGCUGUACUUUCAUUGUACGCUUCCGGUCGUACCACUGGUAUCGUAUUGGACUCUGGAGAUGGUGUCACCCACACCGUACCAAUCUACGAAGGUUACGCUCUUCCCCACGCUAUCCUCCGUUUGGACUUGGCUGGUCGUGACUUGACUGACUACCUCAUGAAAAUCCUUACCGAAAGAGGUUACUCAUUCACCACUACAGCUGAAAGAGAAAUUGUUCGUGACAUCAAAGAAAAACUUUGCUAUGUUGCCCUCGACUUCGAACAAGAAAUGGCCACCGCUGCUGCUUCUACUUCCCUCGAAAAGAGCUACGAAUUGCCUGAUGGACAGGUCAUCACCAUUGGUAACGAAAGAUUCCGUUGUCCCGAAGCCCUCUUCCAACCUUCCUUCUUGGGUAUGGAAUCUUGUGGUAUUCACGAAACCGUCUACAACUCCAUCAUGAAGUGUGACGUAGAUAUCCGUAAGGACUUGUACGCCAACACUGUUCUUUCCGGAGGUACCACCAUGUACCCAGGUAUUGCUGACCGUAUGCAAAAGGAAAUCACCGCUCUUGCUCCAUCCACCAUCAAGAUCAAGAUCAUCGCUCCCCCAGAAAGGAAAUACUCCGUAUGGAUUGGAGGAUCUAUCUUGGCUUCCCUCUCCACCUUCCAACAGAUGUGGAUCUCCAAACAAGAAUACGACGAAUCCGGCCCUGGAAUUGUUCACCGCAAGUGCUUCUAAGCUAUUUGUUCAUAAAUAUAAAACUAUACCUAAUAAGCUAUUAAUCAUGUUGUUUAUACUGUACUACAUCUUUGCAGUUUAUCAUAUUAUGCGACCGUGGUUAUAACUGCCAGACAGACUUUUAAGAUCACAACACCUUAUAUCGAUUUAUUUAUUAUUUGUUAUAUUUAAUUAUUGUAACUACUUGUAACUGGGCAGGUUAAUAAAUCCUAUCGUGAAACA